UCUGCUACUCGUCAAGAUAUGCCUCCGGAAGGAGGCUACAAACCAAUAAAUUAUGCUAGGAUCUCCGCAAGGAAGUUUUUCACUGGCACUACGUUAAUUUUAGGAUAUUUGGGAGUUACUGCAAUCGCUAGCUAUGUAUACUUCCUGACCUGGAAGAAGGUUAGGCGAGAUGAGAUCGAAAUGAGAAGUGCCAGACUUGCAUUAACACCACUUCUUACAGCAGAGAGGGACAGAGAGUUUUUGAAGCAGUUGCGUCGCAAUCGUGAUGAAGAGGCUGAACUGAUGGCCAAUGUUCCAGGUUGGGAGGUCGGCACAUGGUUUGGAGAGCCAAUAUAUAAAACUCUUCCUCCUGAUACUUUGAUCAUACCCCACGUAAAGGAAUUUUAUGCACAUACUCCUAAAAGUGAACUCUUACGAAAAAUAGAUUUGAAAUUGUGGGCUUAAGCAUCUCCGUCAGCUACGAAAGCGAGAGGUACACUCAUCAUUGUAACGUUAUAAAUAGUAAGUUCUAGAAAUAUGCUUGUAAUAUUAUUAAGUUUAGUUUUUAUUACUGACUGCUGUUUACAUAAAUUCUGCUAAUAAAGAUAGUGUCAGAAUGA